AUGUCCUUUGUCUUGCUGUGGUUCGGAAAUGGCAAACAUCCUGCACAUGUCCCAUCGCCUCGACACAAGGGUACGCGUGACAAGAAAAUGCAGCUGGUGGAAGAAAAGGGAGUGUGGGGACGGGAAUGGAUCAUCAACAGUGGCCAGGCAGGUGGUGGCGGGGGCGGACCUCCCACGGGCGGCCUCUACACGCCCACAUCCCGCCCAUCUUCUCCUCCUUCAGCUGACGCAAGAAAAUUUUGCUCCCAGAUUUUCAGCUUCUACCGCAUCGCCGCUGAAACUGCAGAUGUCACUCCACAGGUACGUGAUGGUUACCUAGAGAUAGAGGACGAGAAUGUAGACGUGUCCUCGUGGCUUCCCUUACUCCCCCUGGCGCCUGAUGUGCACGCCGAGGCCGCCACGCUCACCUACACGCACCACGAGGGCGAGGCGAGGCUGAGAGUGACGCUGACGAAGGAGGUGAAGGCGGGAAGUACGCCGCAUCUCUGGUUCUCGUCUGAAGUGGCAGCGAAUCUUGGUCUUCCUUUCCUCAACUUCUCACAUGUUAGAGGCGGCGCGUACACCUGUCCCCAGUGCGAGCGAGGCUUCCCAGCACCCAACCCUCUCAAGCUACACCUGGCCGCCCGCUGCGACACCCUGGCCCCGGCGCUGAUGUGGGCCCGCCUCUCCUGCCCACCCGCACGCCCGCCGCACAAGCCUUGGUUCUCCCCACUGCUUCUCCCUCUCGCCCCGCGCACCCCCUGCCCCGUCAGACCCUCCGCCUCACCCAGUGCUUCCCCCGGCGCCGGUAAGCCAGCAUCGCCAGACUCCACCAGCUGCCACGGUCACUCCCUCGGGUCUAGUUCACCGCAGGAGGCACGCUCGGCUUUUAGAAGAGUGGGAGCGAGUGAUGGUACAGUCAAACGCACUACACUAGUUUCACAGCACGCUGGGCCGUCACGCCACACGCACACACCUCACACACCCACAGUAAACCCGCUACUCUUGCCGCAGACGCCUGAUAACUCCCUCUUCCUGCACCCUAGACUGCUACUGGGUGCUCUAAUUCCUUCUCACUCCCCUCAUACCACCUCACACCCUAUUAUGCCCACGAUGCCGUUAGCAGGCGCAGCUCGGCCCCUCCUAGCAUCAGGCAGCGUUGCAGCAGUGGACCCCUGUGCUGAGAUGGAAACACUUGUCUCUAAUCUGGGCAGGAGUCGACGCGGGCACCUCUGCUUGUACUGCGGGAAGGUGUACUCCAGGAAAUACGGUCUGAAGAUCCACAUCCGCACGCAUACAGGUUACAAGCCGCUCAAGUGCCGCGUGUGUCUUCGUCCCUUCGGUGAUCCUAGUAAUCUCAACAAGCACGUGAGAUUACACGCUCAAGGGGAGACGCCCUAUCGCUGCGACCACUGCGGGAAGGUACUCGUGCGCCGAAGGGACCUUGAUAGACACGUCAGGUCCAGGCACCCCCAAGCAGUGCCGCCCAGCCGCCCACUCACUGACACGGAGACUGAGACUGACACGGAGGAUGAGGAAGAGGUGGUGGAGGUGGAGAUGGAAGGAGAGGGACUAAGACAUGGAGAAAAUUUGCAGGAACCUUCCACAGUGACGCAGUGACCAGAGAGAGAGAGAG